CUGUCAAAUAGACAUAAUAAAUGGGCAAAUCUCCACAGCGACGAACAAAACAUAAAUCGUUUCGAGUUAUUUGCGGAUUUGCUUGAUUUGAUUCCUCAUUAUGUGUCGGGCAUGUCCAAUGUUUAUGUUCUAUGGCUAUGUGAUCGAUGAAGUUUGAAUUCGUUCGAAUAAGUAAAAUUUUACUUCCGAGGAGAGAUGGCAUUUAUUGGCAACAACUUCGAAAUAUGUACCUUCUGCUCCGAUGUGUGCAUUGGAACAUCCCGUCAUGUGCUGGUUCCCACUCACCAGCACGAGCAGAAGCUCAAAACUAUUCUGCCGAAGUUGGACAGUUUUAAUUCUCAGCUGGGCAGUUAUCCCACGUGCGACAUGUGCCGCCGAAUGCUCGAAACCGUUCACAACAUUCCCGAGAGCUGUUUCCAAAAUAUGCCCAAUGUGGAGGUGGCUGACAGUAAGGUAGAGCCAGAUUUGAUACUUGAUAAUCUCGAGCAGUCGAGCACAAUUGCGCUAGGAUCAGAAAUGCAAAUCAAAGGAGAAAACGGAGAGAUAUUCUUCAUCAGCGAACUAAUGGAAGAAGAAAGUAACACAUUACUUGUUCCUGCUACUAAAAAAACUAGACGGAGAAAAAGUGUUUCGGACACCCAACGGAAGAAAAUUGGCUCCCAUACAAUCCGGCACAGGUGUCCCUUUUGUCAGAAAGGCUUCGCGGACAAAAGUUUAUUGGUUCCCCACAUUCGGCGACACACCGGGGAGAAACCGUAUAAAUGUGACUACUGUGGAAAGGGAUUUUGCGAAAGUUCCAAACUUAAAUUACACAUUCGCACUCAUACAGGUGAACGUCCCUAUCCCUGUCCGCAUUGCCCAAAGGCGUUUAGGCAAUCUGGCACGCUGAGAACACACAUCCGGGUACAUACCAAAGAGACGCCAUACGUUUGCGAAUACUGUGAUCGAGCAUUUACACAGUCCUACAACCUUACCAUUCACCUUCGCAACCAACACAACAAAAUCACAAUAUACCGGGGUCGUGAGGUGGGCCGUUUGCCCGUCUACAACUGUGUAGUAUGUAACAAAAACUACCGAUCACUUAAAUGUUUCAAACUACACGAGAAACUGCACAGCACGGGAAAAUUGUUUGACUGCACGAAAUGUGGCAAAAAAUAUACAUUUGUGCACAAGUGCAGAGUGAGGGACACUAAUGAUGAGACAGAAAAAAUGUAUCCCUGCCGCAUCUGUGGACAGGAAUUUAAACACCUACAGAGUGUGGUGUACCAUAUGAGCAGUAAGCACAACCAGCUUAGUGAUGAUAUUGACGUUCCGGGCCAGGAACCACAGGUGACCGUGAAAGAAGAGAUAACCGGAUGUUGAAAGGUCACUUUCAUUUUUGAUAUUUUUUUUGUGACACUAUACAAGAUUAAUUUAUGAAUUCAAAUGAAUAGUGAAUAGUCGAAAUAAAGUACCAUAAGCUAU